CAAACAAUGACGUCGAGCAUGAAAACUCAUGAUGCUCAUGUAAUCAUGCAACGACUUCUGCCGAUUGCACUGAAAGAGAUGCUUCCUGCAGACGUCUGGGGUUGUAUUACCGAAAUCAGUCAAUUGUUUAAGUCGAUAUGUUCCACCGUUUUGGAUGUCGAAUCCCUAAGGAGACUAGAAGACACUGUUCCUAUUCUGAUGUGUAAUCUAAAAAAGAUACUGCCCCCAUCAUUUUUUGAUGUAAUGGAACAUCUUCUAAUACAUCUUCCGUAUGAGGCUUUGAAUGGAGGGCCCGUCUUCUAUCGUUGGAUGUACAGAUUUGAAAGGAAGGAUCUGGACCCGUGAAAAAACGGGUCACGCCAUUGAAACUCAUGGCACAUUGUUGGACGAAGAAGGGUGCUAUGCCGCCUCCCCGCCUUUCUGAAAUUGAAGUAAAUAAUGAAACUUCAAUAAUUCAAUAAAUUUUGAAUUUUUUUGAUCUCUUAUAUAAUAAUUUUUUGAAUUUGUAGAAAAAAUAUGAGGAAGAGCGGGGGAAGAGAGUUGAUGAGCUAGGUGAUUCUGAUGCCGAACUUGAUGAAAAUCAAGAAUAUGAGGCCAUCUUGGCGGCAACCGGAGUUUACAAGGGCCGGGUGCCGCUUAUGGGUUCUGAAGGCUUACGGAUCCUGGAGAAGUCCAAAGGAGCUAGCUCAUCUUCUCAUUCGGCGUAUGAUGAUCGGGUUACCCGCCUCGAGAAACUAUUGGAGGAACGUGAAGCAGAGGCUCGAAGGCGGGAUGAAGAAGCUCGGAUACGGGAUGAAGAGGCAAGAAGAACUAGAGAAAGGUUGGAAGAGAUGGAACGACAAAUGCGUAUGUUCAACGCCACCUACCGCCCAUCCAUGCACAUACAGCACCCCGAGAUGACUCCACAAAUUCCCUUCGCGGGCAAUAUGGGCAAUAUGGGCAGUAUGGGCAGUAGGGGUUUUGCUAAUUAUAGCCAUAUCCCCAACAAUUUUCCAUAUGCAUAUUAUGAUGAUACCCCUUUAUCGACUCCCGGAGCUCAAGCAUACCGUGGCAGCAGCCGGGCUGGCAGCCGUGGUGGCAGUCGAGGCAGCCAUCGUGGCGGCAGCCGUGGUCACGGAAGGCAACCCGAUCAUCGUGAGGAACCUAAUGAUGAUGAUGAUGAUGAUUA